CAAGAACGUACGCUGGCAUUAAUCACAUCGACUGAAGAUUUACCUGCUAUUCGAUCUCAUAUCGAGAAUCAAGGUUUCACCAUCAUCAAGUCAAAGACGAUACAAUUGUCAUCUGAACAAGCACAAGCAUUUUACGAGGAUCAUCUUACUCAAUCCUAUUAUGACAAAAUGGUGCGAUGGUUAGGUAGUGGUUCAAAUAUAUGCGCAUUGGUUUUAGAAAAGAAAAAUGCAAUCCAAGACUGGAAAUCCUUGAUGGGUCCAGCCGCCUAUAAAAAAGCUCGAAAAAACAGCCCAAACUCGAUUCGUGCUCUGUUUGGAAAAGAUACGUUACAAAACGCCACACACGGAAGCGAUUCGGAAGCUAGUUUCAAAAAAGAAAUCGAUUUUAUUUUUUCUGAUUCCGUAUUAGAU